GAAUCGUUACUGAGGGACACAGAAUUGUUACUCAGGGACACAGAAUUGUUACUCAGGGACACAGAAUUGUUACUGAGGGACACAGAAUCGUUACUGAGGGACACAGAAUUGUUACUCAGGGACACAGAAUUGUUACUCAGGGACACAGAAUUGUUACUGAGGGACAGACACAGAAUUGUUACUCAGGGACACAGAAUUGUUACUCAGGGACACAGAAUUGUUACUGAGGGACAGACACAGAAUUGUUACUCAGGGACACAGAAUUGUUACUCAGGGACAGACACAGAAUUGUUACUGAGGGACACAGAAUUGUUACUCAGGGACAGACACAGAAUUGUUACUCAGGGACAGACACAGAAUUGUUACUGAG